CCCCUUUCCUUUUCGCAAUUCCUCUUAAAGAGGGGGAAGUAUUCGGGUGGAUUUGAAGGAUCGGAUUGGCCUCAGCUGUGUGGUAUUGCACACCUAAAUCCUGAUAAUAAGGCUUUCCACCUCCCAUUCCCCCUCCAAUAGCUUUACUUUGGCAGUUAAGCCAAAGGUGUUUUCCGAAAAAUUAGUUCAGAUGUAACUUUCUCCUUUUCUUUCUGUCUCCUCCUUUUGCCCAUUGAACCCCAAAUGUUAUUGUCCAAACAUGAGUGGACAGCAGCUUUUGUUUCUUGACCCUGUAAUAUGACAGUCUGCUAAUAUUGCCAGAAGGUGCAGUUUUGGGGUUACAGUUGUGAUUUUUAGCUAUUCAAAUCAUAUUAGCAGGAAAAAAAAAUGACUUGUUUCUGUUGUACUUGAGUCUUAAGAAAAAGUGCCCAUAGUUUAGUGACAAUUUCCAAAGGCUUUAGUACCACCUGUAUUUCAAAAUGGGGGACCCAAACUCCCGGAAGAAACAAGCUCUGAACAGACUACGUGCUCAGCUUAGAAAGAAAAAAGAAUCUCUAGCUGACCAGUUUGACUUCAAGAUGUAUAUUGCCUUUGUAUUCAAGGAGAAGAAGAAAAAAUCAGCACUUUUUGAAGUGUCUGAGGUUAUACCAGUCAUGACAAAUAAUUAUGAAGAAAAUAUCCUGAAAGGUGUGCGAGAUUCCAGCUAUUCCUUGGAAAGUUCCAUAGAGCUUUUACAGAAGGAUGUGGUACAGCUUCAUGCUCCUCGAUACCAGUCUAUGAGAAGGGAUGUAAUCGGCUGUACUCAGGAGAUGGAUUUCAUUCUGUGGCCUCGGAAUGAUAUUGAAAAAAUUGUCUGUCUCCUGUUUUCUAGGUGGAAGGAAUCUGAUGAGCCUUUUAGGCCCGUUCAGGCCAAAUUUGAAUUUCAUCACGGUGACUAUGAAAAACAGUUUCUGCAUGUACUGAGCCGCAAGGAUAAGACUGGAAUUGUUGUCAACAAUCCCAACCAGUCAGUGUUUCUCUUUAUCGACCGACAGCACUUGCAGACUCCAAAAAAUAAAGCUACGAUCUUCAAGUUAUGCAGCAUCUGCCUCUACCUGCCACAGGAACAGCUCACCCACUGGGCGGUUGGCACCGUAGAGGAUCACCUUCAUCCUUACAUGCCAGAAUAGAGUCUGGGCCAGCACAGUGGAGAAGAUCAGAGUGCAGCAGGAGAUCUUGUCUUGUUUUCUUACCACUUUAUUCUUUCAGAGAUUAAAGAAAAUGGACUCAUGCACAGAACACUAUGCAUUUUGAAACUUGUUCAUCCUGGAUUAUUUUUUUAAUCAUUUGUAUCUCAGAACUUAAAAAAAAUUAGCUGUCUUCUGCACGGACUGUGUGAAAGAAGAUGCUUUGCAUAUUUGCUGCACUGCAUCAGCAUCUUACUAAAAAUGUGAAAUGAAAGGACUAUUGUACACUGAAAUGCUUAAAUGUAUCUGAAAGCACAAGGUGAUACUCAUUUUUGAUGGUCUUUCCAUUGGCGCUGGUUUUUGCCUCUUUGACAUCUGUCAUCAGUAUUUAGAGGGUGAGAAGUACAUGUAACAGUAUAAAUAAUUUUUACAAAUGCAAUAGCUUUGCUAUAAUCACUGUUGAUCCAGAACACUGUCAGAUUCACUCUAAUGACCAGAAGUGGUUGUUCUAAAAAGAAAAUACAACCACGGGAAAGAAAUCUUAAAUGAAAAAAGCAUCUCAUUGCAGGCAUUCUUGCCUCAGUUUACUGGGCCAUGUUUGUUUCCUGGUACUCAUGAAUAUGUAUUUUAUUUCCAAAUCUUUCCCCAAAGUUGCUGUUUAAAAGAGUAUUCUGCUGAGUUUGGAUACAGUAAUAUACAUUAAAGCAGAUCUGGAGUCUGGAGUAGCUAAAGCAGCUAUAAAACUGAGAAAUACAUUCGUAGCUGCAGAAACCAUGGUAGGCAAAGGACUUUUCCUUUUAGGUUUUUGUUUUGUUCUUUGUUUUAAAGAAAAGGGAUUUUUGCUACAAAGAAAAAAUUGUGCAGAAGUACUAAUUUCUACACAACCUAAAGGAAACUGUAUUGAAGGGUUUUUGGAGUAGAUAAGUUAUUAAAAGUUGGAAUCUUAAAUUGUAAAAACAGCCAUGAGUGUCGAAGGUCGAAAAACAACUCAUUUUGUGCAAUGAACAUGAGGAAAGACUACUGUAUAGUUUUUUUUUUUUUUUGGUUUGUUGUUUUUUUUUGUUUUAUCUUUGAAAUGAAGAAAAGCUUUGCUUAAGGGUUGCAUACUUUUAUUGGAGUAAAUCUGAAUGACUCCUUUGGAGUAAAACUUAGUGCUUAUCAGUUUCCAAUUGUAUUUAGCUUCUGGUUGGAAUUUGAAAAAAUGAAAACCUAAAUAAAAUAGGUGAAAGUUC